CCGCCGGAGAGGAGGCGGAGGCGGCUCUGGGCCGCCCCGGGGCGAGGCCAAGCCUUCCUCCGGGCCGGCUCUGCAGAGUUGAGGCUGGUGUCUGCAGUUUAAAAGAAAGGCACAUGCAAAGCUGCUCGGAAAGCGCCCCACGUAUCUGCAGAUCUCGCUCCAGAGCCGGGUGAGGGCUCUGGCGCCGGCCCAGGUCCCCUGCUCCAGCUCCGCGCCGCCGCGGGCCGUGCACAAGGGAAAGUCGCAGCCGCGGGCCACGGCUCUUGCACAACCCACAGAUUGUUCUUAAAGGAACCAGUAGUCACAACUGUGUAUGCUGUGCUUCUUUGCCUCAGCAAAGGAACAAGAAGAUAAGAGCAUCGUCUCCUAGGAAGCCGGCGCUGGAGAACAGGGGAGACUCUUGCAAGCAUGGUUUCCCACUUGGAGCUGAGGACGCUGUUCUGUGCGGCGGACGCUGUGUGCUUCGAUGUGGACAGCACAGUGAUCCGGGAAGAGGGCAUCGAUGAGCUGGCCAAGUUCUGCGGCGUGGAAGACGCCGUGUCGGAAAUGACACGGCGUGCCAUGGGCGGGGCAGUCCCCUUCCAAGUGGCACUGGCUGAGCGCCUGGCACUGAUCCGGCCAUCCAGGGAGCAGGUGCAGAGACUGCUGGCUGAGCACCCGCCACACCUGACCCCUGGUGUGAGGGAGCUGAUAAGUCGCCUGCAGGAGCGCGGGGUUCAGGUUUUUCUCAUCUCUGGUGGCUUUAGGAGUAUUGUAGAGCACGUCGCCUCCAAGCUCAAUAUCCCAGCAGCCAAUGUGUUUGCCAAUAGGCUGAAGUUCUACUUUAACGGUGAAUAUGCGGGUUUUGAUGAGACACAGCCAACCGCAGAAUCUGGUGGGAAAGGAAAAGUAAUAAAAUUUUUAAAGGAAAAAUUUCAUUUUAAGAACAUAGUGAUGGUUGGAGAUGGCGCUACAGACAUGGAAGCCUGCCCACCUGCGGAUGUAUUCAUUGGAUUUGGAGGAAAUGUGAUCAGGCAACAAGUGAAGGACAAUGCCAAAUGGUACAUCACUGAUUUUGUGGAGCUCUUGGGAGCGCUGGAAGAAUAAUGUACAUUUUUGUGCACCUUGUAACAACUUUCGAUCAUCUUUUAAAAGUUAGAGUGAUACUACUGGCUGCAUUGCCAAGGAAGAUUUGAUAAAGUUGAUUCUCUAUAUACUGACAUGAUAGGUCUCCUCGGAGAUGGUGGGGUUUUAAAAAAAUAGUUCAAUAUUUUAUUAUGACUGUUAAUUACCUGGGGAAUUUCAUCACCCGAAUUCUUACCUUUAACCUUAGCUAUAUUUUACUUGAAGCCUUUUAAAGGCGUAUAAUAAACUAAAUUUUCACUCUUGGA